ACCUGUUUCCGGCCAGUCCGGGCAAGAUUAGGGGCUGCUUCGAGGGCCAAUCUCCGCCAGCUCUCCUUUUCCCAGCGGUCCCUGCGGGCGCGGUGGGUGUUGUACACAAUCAUCAUGGCGGCGGCCGGGGCCCCGGAUGGCAUGGAGGAGGCUGGCAUGGACACGGAGGCUGAGACCGUGGUGGCCGAGGCGCCCGCGCGGCCCCUCAACUGCGUGGAGGCCGAAGCCGCAGCGGGCGUGGGGGCGGCGGCCGAGGACGCCUGUGUUGCGCGAAGCAGCCUGCAGCCGGCCCCGGCCCAGCCCCCUGGGGACCCCGCGGCCCAGGCCUCAGUCAGCAAUGGCGAGGACGCGGGCGGCGGCGGCGGGGGAAGGGAGUUGGUGGACCUAAAGAUCAUCUGGAACAAGACUAAGCACGACGUGAAAUUUCCUCUGGAUAGCACAGGCUCCGAGCUGAAACAGAAGAUUCACUCGAUUACAGGUCUCCCACCAGCCAUGCAGAAAGUCAUGUAUAAAGGACUUGUCCCUGAAGAUAAGACGUUGAGGGAAAUAAAGGUGGCCAGCGGAGCCAAGAUCAUGGUGGUUGGCUCCACAAUAAAUGAUGUUUUAGCAGUAAACACUCCCAAAGACUCUGCGCAACAGGAUGCCAAGGCUGAAGAGAACAAGAAGGAGCCACUGUGCAGGCAGAAACAACACAGGAAAGUGUUGGAUAAAGGAAAACCCGAAGAUGUGAUGCCAUCUGUUAAGGGGGCCCAGGAGCGCCUCCCUACGGUCCCCUUGUCCGGCAUGUACAAUAAGUCUGGAGGAAAAGUGAGACUCACCUUUAAGCUAGAACAAGACCAACUGUGGAUCGGCACUAAAGAGCGGACUGAGAAAUUACCCAUGGGCUCCAUUAAAAAUGUGGUCAGUGAACCCAUCGAAGGACAUGAAGACUACCACAUGAUGGCAUUUCAGUUGGGCCCCACGGAAGCCUCUUACUACUGGGUGUACUGGGUUCCAACUCAAUAUGUGGAUGCAAUCAAAGACACUGUGCUGGGGAAGUGGCAGUAUUUUUGAAAGCACUUUCACCUCUGGCCCAGGAGACUGACCCAAAGUGAAGGACAUUGCUGGGAGAGGCCUGCAGCAUCCCUGGAUUUCAGAGUUCUGGAACUUUGUUCAAAAAACAGUCUAUAUCCAAUCUAAGGUGAUGUGGUGACUGAAGCCAGAGGUGAUGUUUUUUCACCCUUAGCUUACUUUUAACUUAAAAUCACCAGUUCCCUUUCUUGCAGUCAGCUUCAUACCAUUUUUAAAGUCAGUACAGUGGAAAUCAAUAAAUCUGAAUUCUGAA